AUGCAGGACCAUGCUUUCAACAAAUACUUCACAAAACAAGAAUUAGAGAAUAUCAGCAAAUGCUUUACGCCAGAUCAACAAAAAGAUGUCCUUGAUCUCGGUGAACAGUGCGCCAAAACACCCAGGGGCCGUAUUAGAAAACCCAGAGUCCGCAAGGCUGUGCCUGGCCACAUUGGACGACCUAUCAACAGCUUCAUGGCUUACAGAUCUAAAGUUCAAUCUGAUAUCAGACAGUUUUGUCCUACAGCAAACCACCGCGUUAUCUCCAAGAUCAUUGCUAAAUGGUGGAGGGCUAUUGAUGAGAAGGAAAAAGAUGUCUAUAGAGUCAUUGCAGACAAGGCAAAGAAAGAUCAUUUAGAAAAACAUCCUGGAUAUACUUUCCGUCCCAAGCCUAAAAAGAACAAGAAGCCUGCUGUCACCAAAACCAAGGAGGCUGACAAGAGUGCCACUCAAGAAGAUGCCAAAGACCUAGACUACAUGCCAUCACCCCGAUUCUAUUGCAGAGUUGAGAGAGAGCAUUCCUAUCAGCAAGAGCAACAGCAUCAGCCACUGCAAGGAUUAUUAGCUUAUGCAGGCCCAGAUUUGAAUGAAGGUGCAUCGUCCCUCUAUUUUCAGCCUACUGUCAACUAUGCUUCUGUAUCCCUGGGAGAAGACGGCUUGAAUCUUGAUACAAAUAGUGCCACCAUGUAUGUUGAUCCUGCCUUACUACAUAAUGGCUACAUGGACAUCAAUGCUGCUGAACCCAUCUCCUUUAGCUUUGAAACUGAUCCAGCCAUGUUUACCUUGUUGAGCAAUUCUACACCUUCUUCUCAAAUGCUGGAAACACCUUCAUUGGACUACUUUCAAUCACCUAUUUCCCUGUCUCAUCCAGCCUUGGGUCAUCAAUCAUCAGGAUAUCAACAAACAAUGCAGCAAGCAAUGCAGCAACAACAACAACAACAACAACAACAACAAGAUACUCCUUACUUGCUGGAUCAGACCGUCAUACCUGCAGAUUACAGUAAUGAAUAUGGCAAAUUAUUUGAUAGUUUGGAUAGCAGCUCCUCCGCCUCAUCAUCCGAUCUCUUGCGUACGCCUAACAAUAACAUCCAAGUAAAUACUGAUUUUGUCAGUUACAUGUAUGGAGCUGGCAAUCCUAAUAUCAUUUUUGCAGAGCAACCAGAGCAGUGGCUGAAUUAUAAUAUCAAUUAG